UGACGGCUACCGGCAUAGGUAGUUCCCCGCAUCAUAUGGUUUAUUAAUUGGGCCUCAGAAACAAAUCGUAUGCAUUAAUGUGACCGUUUGAAAGAAUGGAAGGAAGGCACGCUAUGCUGUGCGACCGCAUAUAUUUCUGAGGCCUGUGAGGCAGCCAUAGGAGGUACAUAUGAACCUUAGGCAGGCUGAGCAGGCAGCGUGUUUUUAUUAUCGUCAAAAUAGCGGGGUUAUAUUAUAUUCCUCCUUCUCAUAAUAAUAUUCCAUUCAUUCAAUCUACCUUAAGGCUUCUACCUAAUUGUUUCAAUUACCAAUACCAUAUCGAACAAUGUCGUCUAAAGUUAUCGCAAAGAUUUCUCCUUCAGAUCUCCAGGGUCUUGAUGCUCCUCCUACUGCAUCUAUCACUGAUGUCAAAUACCUGUCUUCAUACAAUUGGAUUGAAUCACCUAAACCCACCAUAGCUGUCCCUGGUAGCCCAGCACUCUGGUCUGCGCCAAAGGUUCCUCAGAGGCUAAAAAAGGACACUGGCCUUAUCUAUAUUGCCCAAAAUGCGGCUCGUCACCCCGACAGUCCACUCGAACCCCUAUUCCGUGCUCUCUAUAUAACGGACCCAUCCUUUGACAUCCAAUCCGUCGACGUCGUGACUGAUCGAAAUAAUAUACGCAAACUUCUGACAUUUAUUGAUCCUACUGCUUCGAGAAACGGACUCGAGGAGUUCACUAUCAACAUCGAGGUUAACAAGAAUACUGCGAUAUUCAGCCGCGAUGAAACCGCCACCCAUGAGUUCAUCGGCCCUAAUGAGUUUAGGGGUUUCGGGCACGAAUUUGAAAAGGCCUGUACAACUAACAAGAUCGUUGGUAGUACUGGACACCAUAGAAUCAUCUCGUACCGCUUUGGAGGACUGAGCAUCAUCGUCCGCCAUGAGACAGACGGAUAUGUGGAUACCAAGACGGGCCCGUCGUCGUCUUCUACCAGUAAAGAGCAGUCGCCUGUUGAUUUGACAAGCGUAUUCGAAUCACUCUCUUUGUCGCCGACGAACAGCAAUGCGGGGAAUGCUACCAAAGGAUCGAAGCUAGUUGUCCAACAAGAUGGCCAAGCAGUGCCUCUCAACUCGACGCUUGAAAUCAAAACUCGCGUGUCCCACAAGCCCCUCGAGAUUCGAGAGGUCGCACCACAACUCUGGGUGUCACAGACCCCUAGGCUAGUACGAGCUUAUCAUCAGCGUGGAGUGUUCCAGGUCCCGACGGUGGAAGAUGUCACUGCUCAAAUCAAGAGAUGGGAACAGGAUAACCAAAGACAUUUGAGAAAAUUGGCUGCAUUGAUCCGUAAAAUUGUCAAUAUCGUGAAGGAUUGCAACGAGAGUGUGACGCUUAGGUAUGACGCGAGGGAACGCAAGUUGAUUCUGUCGAAACUCUCGACCCCGAAGAAGAUGCUCCCUCAGGACUUGUAUUCGAAGUGGGAUGUGAGUAGUGAUACCAAGACGGGGACUGGUAUAGACGCUACUAAAGUGAAAGCCUAGAUUGCAGCGGUUACACUCUUCCAGAAGGUCUUAGUUAGCAUUUCAAGAUCAGCGAGUUAGUUAGAGUAUAGCCUGCUAUAUAUGGACGUGAUUGCGUUAAUCUCUUCCUGAUCCUAUGUCCUGGUCCAUUACGGAAUAGCAUUGUAUAAAGAUUAAAACAUGUAUUAAUCUAUAUGAAAGAACCGUAUUUCUAGAUACGGUCCCUUGCCCAGGGAUGUUGGCGAUCAUAUCCAUCGCAUAGAGCUAGGUCGCGCUCAAAAUCGCCAUAUUCCUCGUGCGUCUCGAAAUGUGUAGUCCGUAUUAUCUUUCCGCGCUCAGGGGGUUGUAUUACUACAUGGUCCUUGAGGUGUUCU